GCCGUGGGGCGAUACAGAAGGGGGAAAUGCGCGGGGAUAGGCGGUUGGGGGGUUGGGCCGGGGGAGACAGAGAUGUCUCCGGGCUCCUAAAUCAUUCUGAGGGGGGAAAGGAGAGCAGUGGACAAACAAAAGAACAUGCCUCUACAGCAGAAACAGAAAAUCAAAACCAGACACAAUCAGCAUUAAAAGCCCUGCAACAUCAACUGGAAUCAUUUCAAGCUCUUCGAAUGCAAACUUUACAAAAUGUUAGCAUGGUACAAUCUGAAAUUAGUGAAAUAUUGAAUAAAAGUGUUAUCAAUGUAGAGAGUCCACAGUUUGGCACAGAAAAAGCAACCAAGAAACCUGUUGAGAAAGUUACAAAAGAAGAAACUGUCAGAAUAUCAUAUAAGGACAGUCAAGGCCAAAAGACCUUAAAGCAGUCUACAGAGAAUACAGAAGAAACCCCUUCUAAGGAGAAAAUUAAUCUUUUUGAGGAGUCCAGCACUAGACAUUCUGUGGGGGAAAAAUCCAAUUCUGUCGCUGGCAAUAGCGUCUCCCAAGGUGUAACUACUCCAUCCCAGGUUACUUCCAAGAACAUAUCACCUUUGAAAAAUCAAACAAAUAGAUCGACUUCAAGCCCAAAUAUGAGCACUUUAGAAAAAUCAAACUUACUCAAGAAUUGCAGUGACUCUUAUACUUUUCAACCUUACAUAAAUAAAAAUCUGUCUUCUGCCAAUACAGCUUUACCAACUGAAUAUAAAAAUACCAUGCUUUUUUUCAAAGAAGAAUUUGGUGGAAACUUAGAAGAUGUUUGCCAUUCUAUCAAAAAAAUGAAAAAUGAGCUUCAAAGAUCACAUGAAAGGGAACUGGCUCUUGCAAAUGAACUUCAUAUGCUAAAGAUAGCUACAGAUGCUCAAGGUAAUGGUUCAAAUAUCCCAUUUUCUUCAAAAUUAGGAAAAAAUGACUCUAUUAAGAAAGAAAAUAUAGAUAGUGAAUUAAAUGAGGAGACAAAAUCAACCAGAAUUUCAGAAUUAGAGGCAUUAGUAAACAAACUGAUUCCACUAGGGGAAACAAUGUCAAAAUUUUGUACUAAUUAUUGUCAGAACUGUCAAAGCUUAUCUGAGAAUGACCCUACAGCAGAUUUUAACCAUAUCACUACACAAAAUGAAGUAAAGAGUGAGGAAAAUAAUAGGGAAAUUCCUAACCCUGACAUUAUUAAAUAUUUAGAAUUGGAUUCCAGCAACCCAAAAGAUACAUCAUCAUUAAUUGACCAAACAGAACGUGAAAUGAAAGAUAAAGAAAAGCAACUAUUUGAGUUAUACCAAGGAUCACUAAAGCUUGAAAAUGAGAAAUCAUCAAAAAUCAACCCUGUAACUGAUCAGUAUGUUGCAAAAAUUCAGUAUUUACAGAAUUAUCUAAAAGAAUCUAUGGAAGUACAGAAGAAAGUACUAGGACUGGAAAAUGAAAAUCUUGACCUAAAGACAAAAAUAAAACCCAUGGUUUUUAUCAUACUUCUGAUGCAGAAAAAUUCAACAUAUCAAAAUCAACUUAAAGAUUUGGUUGAAGAAAAGAAAAUCAUUCAGGCUAACUUAAGUAAAGCAGAAGAAGAUAAUAAAGAAUGUAUUAUUGAACUGAAACGAAUAAUACAGAAGUAUACUGAACUCCAAAAUGUAAAUAAAAUUCUAGAAGAAAAAAAUGGCCAACUCUGUUUGGAGAUACAACACAUGAUUGACUUAAUAAAUCAGUUAAAAAUUAAAGAAGAGAAAACACAAAGUGAUAUGGUUCUUGUCAGUCAUGAAGUGAAUCGACUGACAGCAGAACUAGAAUCUCUGAAAACAAGUAAUUCAGUGUUACAAAAGGAUAAACAGAUGCUGGAAAGAAAAGCAUGCCAACUUCAAAAAGAAAACAGCUCACUUGAACAUGAACUAAAAGGAAGUCAUUUGGAGAUACUGCAACUAAAAGAAAAAGAGAGAUUAACCAAAUCUGAUCAAGAGUCUCUUCUUCAAAUGAUACAGACUGCUAAAAAUGAAAAGCUUAAUCUUGAAGUCACAUUACAGGAAUCUACAGCUGCCAGACAUAUAAUAGAGAAAGAGGUUGAAAAAAUCCAUUCCUACCAAUGUGAUGCAAAAGAGAAAUUUCAAGCAGAACUUCAAAAUGCAAAAUCCAAAGUCAGCUUUUUUAAGAAUGCCAUGACUGAAAUGGGCAAGGAAUGUGAGAAAUUAUCCAAAAUAGUCAAGGGUCUUCAGUCAGAUAAUCAAGUACUAAAAGAAGAAUUAAAGAAACAUACUCAAGAAAAUCUAAAAUUUGCAAAAAACAUCAGUAGGCUAACUGAAGACAAGCUGCUUUUAGAAAACUAUUUAAGAACAUUAGAAAAUGAAAGGGAUAGUUUGCAAUUUGAAGUGCAGCGUCAGCGAGAUUACUUUACCUCAGGUAAAGUAUUUUCAAAUAAACAUCAUGAGAUGAUUCAACUGACUUACAAAGCAAGAAAUGAGCAUUGUCAUUUUGAUGACUAGUGAUAACUUAUGAAAAAUUUAAUUUCAGGAAUAACAUUUUAGAGCAUGAUCUAUAAGGCAUAUCACCUAAACUGCAUCACUCUCAUCCUUGCAAGAAAUGUUAAUAAAUAUUUGUGACCAA